AUGGCGGACCACGCUACAUCUCCAUCCCAACCUUGCCAAACCACCCAUGAUGAACAUAAACUCCCUUUGACUCUACUACAAUUACUAUCGAACACAGUAAUCAUAUAUCAAUCUGCUCCAUACCUGCCAGUCUACUCCCUAUUGGCCCUCGGUGCCACUUCCAAAGCAUUCCAAUCCCUUAUUCACCAUACACCGGGCGUCUUCAGGCAUCUCGAUCUUACGCGCUGCAAGGCUGCCCAGUUCGAUAUCGCCCCGAUCGAUCAUGGUGGGGAAGUUUGGCGCAAUGUUCAGCUAGACGAGAAUCUCACCGAAGACGACUUUUACGGCGGGCCCUUGCUAGGCAUUUUCCACGCGCUUCGACGGCAGAACAUUCUCCAGGACGUCCAUACCUUGAUCCUUGAUGGCCUGUCCGUGACAUCUGACCUAGUUCAGGAAAUUAUAUGCCACGACUCCUUCAAUGUUCGUAUCCUAUCUAUUCAGAAUGUCCGAUAUCUCAACGAACGGAAGCUCCAGCAAGUGCUGCGAUACGUUAUCCGCCCCACCAGGCCGCCAAAUGUCCCAAGACUAGAAGGCUUGUACCUCUUCGGCACCAGUGGAGAUAUGUCUCCCACUGCUAGUAGAAGGACCAAUCCCUUAUCCGCCUCUGGAGAUAGCAUUGAUACGGAGGGUGGUGGUGCCCAAUGGUACGGAAAGAGAGGAAGGGUAGUUAAAAAGUCUCAGCACAUUGGGUGGGCAAGCACUAUUAUGGCGUGUCGUGGGAUCAUUAGUUUCGACACCGUUGCUUGUAAUGGCCCUAGACAUUGGCCACCUGUCACUGCGACAGAUGGCGAGGGACCAAUCCCAUGGUACAGGCUCCGAGCAGUGUAUGUUCAACCACAAAUUGCUGUUUAUGCGGUUGGGGGCUGUUGCAAGUGCAACACUGCCCCCGAGGGGCUUUCUGAAUUUGGAAAAUCUCCCUUGGAGAACUUUCCUCUAUUGGCUCCACAUCCUCUUCACACUUCGACCGUUAGGUCAGCAAAAACCCCAACCGAAGACGCUUCCGACAUGAAGCUCUUGGUAAGAUGCAUCGAAUGCCUUCGCAACCGAUACUGUGAUAGUUGUCAUAAAUGGUGGUGCGAGGAUUGCUAUGAGACUCCAGAACAUGCACCGAAUGACACCGGCCCACUACAUUUUCGGGAAGCAGGUGAAAACAUGCUUGAUGGGAACCAACCAACGGCUGCUAAGGUAUAUACUGAUUUUUCUUUUGGCUUAAACUGGAAAGCUUAUCACUACCUGGCGAGAAGUGAUAUGAUGUUGCUAGGUUGA